CCUCCGAGCCCUGAGCGCCUCGGCGAGGGCUUCGCGGGAGGUCCCAACUCUAUGGUCUGCGGAGGCGGAGCCUGCGGUCGGGUGCCUGACGGGCCGGCGGCGGGCGGGCCCAGGCUCCCAUCAUGGCGGCGGCGGCGGCGGCGGCGGCUCUCCGGCUCUGGCUCUGGGCUGCACUGCUUGUCCUAGCGGCCGCGGUUUACGAAGACCAAGUGGGCAAGUUUGAUUGGAGACAGCAGUAUGUUGGGAAGCUCAAGUUUGCCUCCUUGGAAUUUUCCCCUGGAUCCAAGAAGUUGGUUGUGGCCACAGAGAAGAAUGUGAUUGCAGCAUUAAAUUCUCGGACUGGGGAGAUAUUGUGGCGCCAUGUUGACAAGGGCACGACAGAAGGGGCUGUGGAUGCCAUGCUGCUCUACGGACAAGAUGCAAUCACUGUGUCCAAUGGAGGCCGGAUCAUGCGUUCCUGGGAGACUAACAUUGGGGGCCUGAACUGGGAGAUUACCCUGGACAGUGGCAGUUUCCAGGCACUUGGGCUGGUAGGCCUGCAGGAAUCAGUGAGGUACAUUGCGGUCCUGAAGAAGACCACUCUUGCCCUGCAUCAUCUCUCCAGUGGGCACCUCAAGUGGGUGGAACAUCUCCCCGAAAGUGACAGCAUCCAUUACCAGAUGAUGUAUUCCUACGGGUCUGGGGUGGUGUGGGCCCUCGGAGUUGUUCCCUUCAGCCACGUGAACAUCGUCAAGUUUAAUGUGGAAGAUGGAGAGAUUGUUCAGCAGGUCAGGGUGUCAACCCCCUGGCUUCAGAGUCUCACUGGAGCCUGUGGUGUGGUGGAUGAGGCUGUCCUGGUGUGCCCUGACCCGAGCUCACGGUCCCUCCAGACCUUGGCCCUGGAGACGGAGUGGGAGUUGAGACAGAUCCCACUGCAGUCUCUUGACUUAGAAUUUGCAAGUGGAUUCCAGCCCCGGGUCCUGCCCACACAGCCCAACCCAGUGGAUCCUUCGCGGGCCCAGUUCUUCCUGCGGUUGUCCCCGAGCCACUGUGCUCUGCUGCAGUACCGUCGCGGAGUCCUGAGUCUGCUCAAAACCUUCCCACAGGCUGCCCUCGUGAGCUUUGCCACCACUGGGGAGAAGACAGUGGCUGCAGUCGUGACUUGUCGCAGUGAAAUGCAGAAGCCUAGCAGUUCUGAAGACGGGUCACUGGGGAGCUUUGCGGAGAAGCCCAGUGCUCAGGACUCACUGACUUGCUUCAACCAGACCUACACCAUUAAUCUCUACUUAGUGGAGACAGGUCGGCGGCUGCUUGAUACCACCAUCACCUUCAGUCUGGAACAGAAUGGCACUCGGCCAGAGCGGCUCUACAUCCAGGUGUUCUUGAAGAAGGAUGACUCGGUGGGCUACCGGGCCUUGGUGCAGACAGAGGAUCACCUGCUACUUUUCCUGCAGCAGCUGGCAGGGAAGGUGGUGCUGUGGGGCCGGGAGGAGUCGUUGGCGGAGGUGGUGUGCCUGGAGAUGGUGGAUCUGCCCCUGACGGGUGCGCAGGCUGAGCUGGAAGGAGAAUUCGGCAAGAAGGCAGCAAUUCAAGACGGCUUGCUGGGGAUGUUCCUGAAACGCCUCUCGUCCCAGCUCAUCCUGCUGCAGGCGUGGACUUCCCACCUCUGGAAGAUGUUUUACGAUGCUCGAAAGCCCCGAAGUCAGAUUAAGAAUGAGAUCAACAUUGACACCCUAGCCAGAGAUGAAUUUAAUCUCCAGAAGAUGAUGGUGAUGGUGACAGCCUCGGGCAAGCUUUUUGGCAUUGAGAGCAGCUCUGGCACCAUCCUGUGGAAACAGUAUCUCCCCAAUGUCAAGCCAGACUCCUCCUUUAAACUGAUGGUCCAGAGGACUACUGCCCAUUUCCCCCACCCCCCACAGUGCACCCUCCUGGUAAAGGACAAGGAGACGGGAAUGAGUUCUCUGUAUGUCUUCAAUCCCAUCUUUGGCAAGUGGAGUCAGGUGGUUCCCCCACUGCUGAAGCGGCCCAUCUUGCAGUCUUUGCUUCUCCCCAUCAUGGAUCAAGACUAUGCCAAGGUGCUGCUGUUGAUCGAUGAUGAGUAUAAGGUCACGGCGUUCCCAGCCACUCGGAAUGUCUUGCGACAGCUACAUGAGCUUGCCCCUUCCAUCUUCUUCUAUUUGGUGGAUGCAGAACAGGGACGGCUAUGUGGAUAUCGACUUCGAAAGGAUCUUACCACUGAGCUGAGUUGGGAGCUGACUAUUCCCCCAGAAGUGCAGCGCAUCGUCAAGGUGAAGGGAAAGCGCAGCAGUGAGCACGUUCACUCCCAGGGCCGCGUGAUGGGGGACCGCAGCGUGCUCUAUAAGAGCUUGAACCCCAACCUGCUGGCCGUGGUGACAGAAAGCACAGACGUACACCAUGAGCGCACCUUCAUUGGCAUCUUCCUCGUCGAUGGCGUCACCGGGCGCAUCAUCCACUCCUCCGUGCAGAGGAAAGCCAAGGGCCCCGUCCACAUUGUACACUCAGAGAACUGGGUGGUGUACCAGUACUGGAACACCAAGGCCCGGCGCAACGAGUUUACCGCGCUGGAGCUCUACGAGGGCACCGAGCAAUACAACGCCACCGCCUUCAGCUCCCUGGACCGCCCCCAGCUGCCCCAGGUCCUCCAGCAGUCCUACAUCUUCCCCUCCUCCAUCAGCGCCAUGGAAGCCACCAUCACCGAGCGGGGCAUCACCAGCCGGCACCUGCUUAUUGGGCUGCCUUCCGGAGCAAUUCUUUCCCUUCCUAAGGCCUUGUUGGAUCCCCGCCGUCCCGAGAUCCCAACAGAACAAAGCAGGGAGGAGAACCUGAUCCCGUAUUCCCCAGAUGUGCAGAUACACGCAGAGCGAUUCAUUAACUACAACCAGACGGUUUCUCGAAUGCGAGGUAUCUACACAGCUCCCUCAGGCCUGGAGUCCACUUGUUUGGUUGUGGCCUACGGUUUGGACAUUUACCAAACUCGAGUCUACCCAUCCAAGCAGUUUGACGUCCUGAAGGAUGACUAUGACUAUGUGCUCAUCAGCAGUGUCCUCUUUGGCCUGGUGUUUGCCACCAUGAUAACCAAGAGACUGGCGCAGGUGAAGCUCCUGAAUCGGGCCUGGCGGUAAGGACGCAGGACCCCACUGCCGGAGAGCGGAGAGCUCGGGGCAGCGAGGGCCGGACGGGGAGCUCCAGCUGCGGUGGGACGGGUCAGGCGAGGACGGGUGUCGGGUGUCCAUCUCAGCUGAGUCGUGGGAAAGAAGCUGGACUCUCGCGGAGCCUCCUUGGGACAGGUUUGCCGCAGCGUCGGUUGCGGAGGGAGGCUGGACUCUCCGCCGGGAAUCUCAAAGCAUCUCGAUGGACUUGCCCUCAAAGUCUGAAGGCCGUCACCCUGUUUGCUUCCUUUGCCCAUCCGUGAAUGUUGUUGUUUCUUUACUAAGUCCCCUGGCAGAUUUUUCUCUUUUGUGAGGCCUGCUUCAGUUGAUUUUGGUUCGCCUUUUGUGUUUCCCAGGCUUAUCCAGAAAUCCUUCUGACUAUUUCCCUGCCUCAUGUUUCAAAGUCAGGAGGGAACUCUCAUUGAUAACUCCACCUCAUAGGUGCUUUUGCUCUUUUAUGUGUGGGAGAAAGAAGAUACAUGCUUAGUUGAGGCUUAAAGACGGAUCCAGCCUCUCAUGGAUUCUCUCCAAAGAGUUGAGGAAUCUAUAUGGCAUCAAAAUUUACUUUAAGCCUCUAGUUUGGAGGCUCUCAUUCAUCAGGUGGGGCCACCCAGUUCUUGCUGCAGUUUAUCACAAGUCAGGCACGUCAUAGUUUUCUGGUUUGUCAGUCAUUGCCCACCCUUUGCAUCUAAGGUGUGUCCGAGCCAAGGCCGCCUUAAUACUACUGAAUCGCCUGAACCUGCAAGAGAUUUUAAGGGAGGAGAGACUCUACCCGUUUCACGGUACCUCCUAGCCUCUCAGUUCACCCUCAGGCUGGUCUAGCCCUCUUCUGGCCUAGUUAGAGCCAGUCGUCUUGUUUAAGAACUUCAUUAUUUAUUUUUUACUUUUAGAUGUAAAUUCAUGAGUGCAUCACAUUUCUACUAAAGAGAGAUUUUAAAUGUUAAUGCUGUAACCUUCGCAACUUUAAAAGAGGGGAGGGCUGGAUGGGGGUAGGAAACUGACGUGUUGUGGACGAAGUGUUGCCAAGUGGCUGGGCUGUUGUCUCUGUGACAAAUGGAAAAAGUCCUAAAAGUUUCCUCUGUGCCCAGAUCUGGGGAAUGAUGGCGUUUUUCUUUCCUGUGAAGGAUGAAAUGUGCAGAGGAGACCAUCUCUAGCCUUGUGGGGAGAGCGGUUCGAUCAGGUGUCUCAAUAAAGCAGAUGAUGAAUGUUA